GCUGCAGCUCUUCCGCCCCGGAUGACAGCGCUGUCCGCCGCGUGCGCGUCCUUCCGGUUAUGGGAUGAAUUGACUUGGUGCAGUGUUUUUAUUUCUUUGAAUGCAUAAAUUGUGUUUCAGCGACCCCAGAAUCAUGGCAUGCGAUUGCAUGAUGGAUUUUACUUUACUUUGAUGCUUUUUCUUCGCCUCGAUCUGGCCAUGCCAUUCAAAACCGCCUGCAGUAUGUUUAAAGAGUUAGCAACCCAGCUGAGCUGACGAAGUGAAGCAGGUCCGGUUGCCAUGGAGACAGAGAGUGAGCAUCAUGGGAUGUUUGUGGAUCCGGACUUUCCUGCUGACGACUCCUCACUCUUCUGUGACUACGCCACGCCCCUCCCCAAAUUGUUGGGUGAUGUCACAUGGCUCCGCCCACAGGAGAUCUGCAAGCAGCCUCAACUCUUCCCCGAUGACCCCGUGGAGGCCCACCCAAAGCAAGGCAUUCUGGGAGACUGCUGGUUGCUCUGUGCCUGCUCCAUGUUACUCAAGAACCAGCAUCUUCUCAACAAGGUAUUUCCACCAGAACAGCCUUUGUGGGGUGACCAUGUUUACCGCGGUGAGUUCCGUUUCCAGUUCUGGCAGAACGGACACUGGAUAGAGGUACGGGUGGAUGACCGACUGCCCUGUAUCAAUGACACUCUCUGCUUUUCACGAUGCCAGAGCCCUAGAGCAUUCUGGGUAGCACUUUUGGAGAAAGCGUAUGCCAAGUUAUGUGGUUCGUAUGAGCGUUUGUGGGCGGGGCAGGUAUGUGAGGCAGUUGUGGACUUGAGCGGAAGCAUAGCGGUAAGAUGGAGUCUAAAGGGAGCGGAGUCUCCACAACAGCCCAAAGACUCCCAGACUCAACACACACCUAACGGGACGAGGCUAUCUGAACUCUCACUGGAGCUGAAGGAGCGAUGUGCCAUCAGCUGCUGUGUCCACAGCGCCCCCACAGGUAUCCCAGAGCUUGGCCAAUUCCACGCCAUGGGUGUGAUGGAGUGGACAAACAUGACUACCACUUCAGGUGAACAAGUGGAGCUGAUCAGGAUACGCAACCCCUGGGGCAGGAGGAGCUGGGCCGGCGUCUGGAGGGAGGGUGGAUCAGGUUGGGCUUCUCUGGAGCCCUCCUGUUCUCAGGCUCUACUGGGCCGCACAGCAGAGGGGGAAUUCUGGAUGGACGAGACAGAAUUCCAGCAGGAGUUUGAUGAGGUCACAGUGGGCUAUCCCAUCAGUGAUGCAGGACACCUCCAAAGCAUCUACACAGGAAGCUAUCUAACCCAUAGCCACCAGAUUGGAAGCCACUGGGUCAAAGGUCACUCUGCGGGUGGUUGCCGCAACAACAGCACUUUUAGCAUCAACCCUAAGUUCUGGUUAAAAGCGUGUGAGAGCGGGGAAGUGUUACUGUCAUUGCUGCAGUACGGACAUCCUGAAUCACCAGCAGAGCCGCCCCCACACCUCCAGGCCAUUGCACUACAUGUGUGGAAGGUGGAGAAGAAACACUUUAACCUGAUGCGGAUGCUGAACAAGCCACCGCUUGUGUCACACACACAUGCGUACGAUCGGGAAGUGGUGGUACACACUCAUCUGAAUCCUGGUUUUUACCUGCUUGUGCCCAGUACCUUCCUGCAGGGAGCGGAGGGCCGGUUCCUUCUGAGAGUUUCUUCUUCCUGCUCUACUUCUCUCAGUGUGAUGAAAUCCCCUCCUCCUCUUCAGCACUGUUCAGAGGGCGAGUGGGAAACCAUCAGUUCUCAUGGCUGUUGGUCCAUCGGUUCUACUGCUGGAGGAAGUCGCAACUUCUCCACACAUGGACUCAACCCUCGUAUACCUCUUACUUUGACCUAUGACCCUGGAGGUAACAACGUUAAGGUCACUCUAUGCCAAAACAGGCCUGAAAACUCCCUCCAUGCCAUCGGCUUUCAUAUUUAUAAGGUACCUGAUGGUGACUCCCUGUUAACCCCUUGUGCCAUGUCUCCAGUGGUUAGCUGUGUACCUCAUGCCCACUCGCAGGAAGUCAGUGUGUUUUGCCGUCUACAGUCGGGCGAGUACGUCGUAAUUCCUUCCACCUACCAGCCAGAACUCAGCGCUCACUUCACCCUUACUUUUACACGCAGGAUACAUCGGAAAGCAAUGCAGAGUCAAGAGCUUCUGGGCCAUGUUGUUCAGGAGGUCUCCUGUGUCUCUGUGAUGAGAUAAUAGUCUGGGGAAGUGGAUCACAUACCCAUGUUGAGAUGAAGGUCUUGCCCUCCAUCCUCAGGACAGGAGUCUGAUGGUGUGCAGCCCUGCAGAGCCUCGUGCAACCUAUUGG